AUGUGUACAAGAGACGUACAAGUUACGGAAUUUCUUCUCGAUCACGGUGCUGAUUUUGGUAACACUCUGAAGUUUAUAGGAUAUUCACUUGGUUUUGAAAACUUUGGUGAGAAUGGGAGAAAUGUUAUUGAGCGACAUACUGUUAAACUGAAAGCCCUUAGCUUGUUUCCAGGCCCUUAUUCUGGAGUAAUUGAUACAAAGUUUGAUAUUUUUAUCAAAAACUGCAACGGAGAAAUUGAAAAAUUAAAAAAAGUUGGUAUUAAUAUUCAUAGAAUUACUUUUUUUGAUGUACUCACCAUGUGCCAGCAUAAGUUAGCCAUGAGAUUGACUAAUAUUAGUGAGGAUAAUUUAGCACUUUUGAAGAAAAAAGCUAAAUUGAAUUUUCGGUUGUAUGGAGAGUUGGUUAAGCUUCAUCUAACUAAAGCAGUCCGGAGGAAGAACUUAUUAAUUAAAGCCAAUAUAACUCUUACUGAUAUUUUCGAGAGCGCUCUUCCAGAUACUUUUCUUAGACAAAUGUUUUAUUAUUUUUCUGAUCAAGAUUUAAAAUUAUUAAGUUAA